CCUCACUGUCCCACCACCACCCCCUCCACCGACUGUGAUCUGGGCGAGGGGUGUCCUGGCUGAGAACAGCAAGCAGAGCCUCCUGAAAACCCCCCACCGCGACGCCAAAGGGCUCCCCAUCUUCUGGAUGAAAAAGGACAUCUGAGGGCCUGGGGCCCCAAGAUGGUGAUUAAAAGCAGUGCAGGCAGGAGCUGCCUGCUGUGGCGCUGCCUGACUGCCUGCCAUUCUUCAGGGCUGGCACCAGCUCCCCCAGCCUCCCUGGUUCACCCUGGCCCCAUUGCUGGGUGGGUCCUCACACCCUGCCCUGCCUGGGCACACUGAUUCCACUCCCACCUGGCUCCCGGCUCGCCUGGCCAUGGCUCUGGGACCACCAGUGUGGCAGGGAGCCAGGUCCAGUCUAGGCCGUGGGGCUGGGACUGAUCCCAGGAGUGCCACCCAGUCCCAGCAGUGUCUCCUCCACUCAGGGGAUUCACUGAAGGGCAGCUGGGGCUGAUGGUGUGUGGUGGUCUCCAGCAUGGCCACUGCUCUUGCCACUGAGCAGCCAUGGGUAAACCAAGGCACACGAUGGCUGGAGGGGCACCAGGGGGAGUAUGGCAUGGCAGUGGGGCUGCAGAGUCGGGUCCCUGAGCUGCAUGGCGAGGGGGGCAGGUGGCCAAGCCCCCCCACCCCGAGGCAGCUGUCAUCAGUGAGAGCUAGAGGCAUGGCAGCGGGAAGGUCAGGGAGAGCGUCCGGCCUCACGCCGGGGGAUUAGCGCUGCCCUUGCUGCAUCACGCGGCCCCCGGGCCCCUCCGCCGUCUAAUCCCCUUGUCCCGGGCAGCUGGCCAGCACUGGGCAGGGGCACCAGCCCCCUCUGGUUCUGCCUGGGUCUAUGAGGGACCCAGCUGUGCAUUUGGCUCCACCACGCCUCUUGUGGGGCUUGGUCCCUCAGUAGGGCACCCAGCUGGGCAAGGUGCUAUGGUGAAAUGGGGAGGAGGGGGUCAUGGUGCCCCCACCACAGGCAGGAUUGGGAGCCAGCAGGAAAAUGGAAGCACCGGGGUCUGUGGCUUGCAGUGCCACUCCAGAGCUGUGCCAUGGCUGUGCUGGUGGCAGGCAGGGGCUCGACCCCAGCAUGCAGCAGGCAGAGGUGCCCACUGCCAGUGCUGAGGCAGGAGGGGUCUCACACCCUCAAGUUUACCAAGUCCUGUGGGGUUUUUGGGUGGGCAGCACGUGCUUGCGGGGCACCUGGCACCUGUGGUUGAUCCUAGCCUGCCGCAUGCCAGGGUGGCAGUGCCAGCAUGGCUGGGGUGCCUGCUGUGCCCCGCAGCUUCACCCCCACUGCUUUCUUUUCCCUGCAGGGUGCUGGCCCCGCAGGCAGCCAGUGAGGGGGGAUGGUGCUGGUGCUGGUGCUGUGGGUGUGCCUGGCACUGGGCACCACCAGCGGGGAGAGCCCAGCACCUGAGCCCCUGUCAGGCGGCCAGCCCUUUGCCGUGGUGUGGAACGUCCCCACUGGGCGCUGCCAGUGCCGCUUCGGUGUGGCGCUGCCUCUCAGUGACUAUGGCAUCGUGGAGAACCAGGACGGCUGCUUCAUGGGCCAGAACAUCACCAUCUUCUACAAGAACAAGUUUGGGCUGUACCCCUACCUGUCACGGCAGGGUGUCCCCCACAAUGGGGGCAUCCCCCAGCGCGUCCCCCUUGGCUCCCACCUCGCCAGGGUGGCUGAGGACAUCCGCCUCCUCCUGCGCCCUGCUUUCCAUGGCUUGGCCGUGGUGGACUGGGAGGAGUGGAGGCCCCUCUGGGCCCAAAAUUGGGGGACCAAAAAGAUAUACCGGGCAGCCUCGAAGCAGUGGGUGCGGGACCGGCAUGGCACCCUGCCGGCACGGCGGCUGCUCCGGCUGGCCCAGCAGGAGUUUGAGCAGGCGGCAGAGGCUCUGAUGGAAGAGACGCUUCUGCUGGGCCAGACCCUGCGCCCAAGAGGGCUUUGGGGUUUCUACCGCUUCCCUGACUGCCUCAAUGGAAACUGGGCCAAGGUGGCCAACUACACCGGGCAGUGCCAGCCGGCAGAGGUGCAGCGCAACAACCGGCUGGGCUGGCUCUGGGCUGCCUCUUCGGCCCUCUACCCCAGCAUCUACCUGCCACCGGCACUGCCACCUGCCCUGCGCCACCGCUACGUCCACCACCGGCUGCGUGAGGCCCUGCGUGUGGCCGCCUUCGGGGCCCAUGGCCUCCUGCCCGUGAUCGCCUAUUCCCGACUCUCCUUCCGCCGCUCACCCCAGUUCCUGGAGCUGGCUGACCUGGUGCACACCAUUGGGGAGAGUGCAGCGCUGGGAGCAGCUGGACUCGUGCUCUGGGGAGACAUGUCCUAUUCCCGCUCAGCUGAGAGCUGUGCCAGCCUGCGCCACUACCUGGUGUCCACCCUGGGCCCCUACGUGGCCAAUGUGACGGCGGCGGCCCGAGAGUGCAGCUACAGGCAGUGCCAUGGACACGGGCGCUGCGUGCGCCGGCAGCCCCAUGACCUGGGCAGCCUCCUGCACCUCGGACCCAGUGCCAGCCCGCCGGCUGCCUUCCGCUGCCACUGCUACCGUGGCUGGGCAGGCGAACGCUGUGCACAGCAGGUUUGGCCUGGCCCUGCUGCCUCCUGCCUGGUGCCCACCCACACUCACAGCCUUUAUGGGCAUAAGGACCUCCUGCCCUCUGAUACCUGCCCACCACAGGGCACGUGGGGCUGGUGACCCGGGCUGGGGACCACCACGGUCCCCUAGCCUGGCAGCACUGCUGCUGGCACUUCUUAACGGUCUCAUUAACUUAAAUAAAUCCUCCUGGCAGA